AACUCCAAAGAACAAAAAAGUAGAGAUAAGAUAUAGUGAGUCCUCAGUCUCCGCUAUUCGAAGCGGUGGAAAUGACUUCAAUCAUCCACAACGGCGUUCAAAUUUCUUCGAAGCUCGAUUCUCCAUGGCCUAAGGUUUCAUCACACCCUCAUUUUCAUCCUCGAACAUGGAUCGAGACUGUCCACAAUCACGUUCCUCAAUUUUCCUCAGUUAUCCUCAACUGCCAUCCUUCUCCGCGCCCUUUGGUUCGAUGCUCCAGUCGAAUCGAGAGGGAGGGCGAUCCAUCUACUGCAGAAGCCAAUAGGACGUCUUCCGUUCGAGGAACGAUUGAGGGGCCUGAAAGUAAAGUUUCUUCUAUUAGAAAUGUUGCUCUAUGUGUUGCUACUGCCGUGGCAUUUGGUAUUGGGGUGGGUUUGAAAGAUGGAGUUGGCAAGGCAUCUGAAUUUUUUGCUGGGUAUCUUCUGGAGCAAAGUUUGUCAGUUGACAAUCUUUUUGUCUUUGUUUUGAUUUUCAAGUACUUUAAAGUGCCAACGGAGUAUCAGAAUCGGGUGCUUACUUAUGGUAUUUCUGGUGCAAUUUUCUUUCGUCUAACAAUCAUACUUCUGGGAACAGCCACUCUGCAGAGAUUUGAGGCUGUGAACCUGCUUCUGGCUGCUAUACUUCUAUUCUCAUCAUUUCAGCUGUUUGCAAGUGAUGAAGAGGAUGACGGCGAUCUAUCAGACAACUUUGUAGUAAAGACAUGCCAAAAAUUAAUUCCUGUUACAGCAACCUAUGAUGGGAAUCGCUUUUUUACACUUCAGGAGGGUGUGAAGAAAGCAACACCUUUACUGCUCACCGUAGCUGUAAUUGAGCUCAGUGAUAUAGCAUUUGCAGUUGAUUCAAUACCUGCCGUUUUUGGUGUUACAAGGGACCCUUUCAUAGUGUUUUCGUCUAAUUUUUUUGCCAUUUUAGGUUUGCGAUCCCUAUUCAUUCUUGUAGCUGAUGGGAUGUCAGAAUUGGAGUACUUACAGCCUUCCAUUGGCGUUGUUUUAGCAUUUAUUGGGAGCAAGAUGAUCCUUGAUUUCUUCGGAUUCCACGUUCCAACUGAGGCAUCUCUUGGAUUUGUCGCAAUAAGUCUGAGCACUGGUGUCCUCUUGAGUCUGCUGAAGAAGGCUGAUUGAUCACAAAAACAGAAAUAGAGGGUGUUUGGCUUUAAUUGAAGUAAGUUAUUGCCUCUUCAUUUUGGUAAAAAAGAAAAGGCCUAGAUUCAAGCUUCUAAUUGAAAAAUUAACAAUUGAAGUACCGUUUUAAGCUUCAGAAUCGAAAACUUAGGUCUGUUUGGUAACCAUUUGACUUUUAGUUUUUGAAAAGUAAUUCUAUAGACACCCCUUAAUUUUUUUUUUUUUUUAUCAAUGUUUUAGAAAACCAAAGCCAUAAUUUAAAAACUAAUUUGAAAACUAUGACUUGUUUGGUAACCAUUUCAUUUUUCAUUUUUUUAAAACUAAAGCCUAUAUUUCCUCAGUUUCUUGUCCAUGUUUUUCCUUAUUCAUAAGUAUAAGAGUUGAAUUCUUAGUUAAAAUCUAAAAACAAAAAUAAGCUUUUAAAACAUAGUUUUCUUAAUUUUCAAAUUUUAGUCUGGUUUUUUAAAAAAUAGGUCGAAAGUACAUGACGAAACGAGAAACUUAGGGGUGGAAGGAGUGUUUGUAAGCUUAAAACUAAAAACCAAAAAUCAAGGGUACAAAACGGGGCCUAUAAAGUUAGUUGUUAAAACAUUUUUCUUUUCUUUGAAUUUGGUGUAUUUAACUCUUAUAUUCAAGCCUCAAGAUACGAGGAAGGGAGGCGUAGAAAUCAUAUGCAAACCAUAGUAAGAACAUUUGAGGAAACAGGGUUAACUUUUCGGAACUCAACCGCUCUUGAAUGUGAAUUGGUAGAGUAGGGAGGCAGAGAAAUUUGAAAGUGAAAUUUCCGAUUCUCUCAUCCUCAAAAGGUGGGAGGAAAAAUAAACUAGAAUAAAAUUUAAAGCAAGUGUCCAUAAUUAGGUUCUUUCUAAUUAGUUUUGCUGGAGAGUAAUUGACAUGACCCACCAUCUAGAGAUAGAAAGUCUGAUCUCUUAUCUCAACUAAUGUCCUUUCUUUUAAAUGUUAGAAUUUUCCUACUUUCUAAUCGUUACAGAAUUGUUUGUUUAAAAUUGUCAUGUAACUAUUGACUGGAGCCACGGUUGUACUCGGGAAGAAAAAGGAUGAUAGAACCGUUGUGCUGUCUACAAAUCGUGGAGGUUAGAAGAACCAUUCUUUUAACAACUCGUUGGUUGUUGUGCUGAGAUGACGAAUUUAUUCUCGUUAUUUUGUUCUUUUCAAGUAAUUCCAAAUCUCUCUCAGAACCUUUCUGUUGUAGAUAAAUGAUUAGUAGCUCUAAAUCUCUGCUUUUCAACAUUACAUUCUUAUGUCAAAGGUGAGUUAUUGUCGUUCCUUUCUGCUACCCCCACCCCACUUCUCCCCCAAAAAAUAUACAUAUACUGGUUCUUGAGAUUUGAAAUUAAUGUUUAUUUGAUUCAUGAGGUUUCAAAAGUAA